ACUGGAUCCCUCGAGCCUUUCCUCUUCCACAACUGUUAGAAACUAGACAGCAACUUGAAGGAAAAGCAUGCAUCUCUUGCUGCUUCAGCUGCUGGUGAUCUUAGGUCUAGGAGAGUCCUGGCCACAAAUGCAGCAAGGCAGGGACAGGAGAACCCAGCAUCCCUCUUAUGCCCAGGAUGAUCAGAGCCUGGGAGCACUAUCUACAGGUGCUGAGGAGGGUGCCCAGGAAAAGCCAGACUUGUUUGUAGCCAUACCUCACCAGAUAGUUCCUGAGCUACCAGAAGCUCCCAGAGAGCAAAGAGAGAUGUUAUUCAGGUUUAUGUAUACCUCUGAGAAACAGAAGCCAGAAAGGCAGAUGGAAGUAAGGGAUCCUGCUAGGGAGGCGUUCAAACCUAGAACCCCAGCAGAUGCUGAACCUGAUGGCAAGGAAAACGAGAAAACUCCUCUCCAGGAAGAAGCACAGAAAUUCUGGCACUACUUCUUGUUUAGAAAAAGUUCUGCUUCACAGGAAGUCAUCUUGCCCAUCAAAAGCAAUGAAGUACACCAGGAAACCUGUAGGACAGUUCCUUUCUCCCAGACAAUAAUACACGAUGACUGUGAAAAAGUUGUGGUUCAAAACAACCUCUGCUUUGGGAAAUGUAGAUCCCUUCGUCUUUCUGAGGCUUCAGCUCAUCAUCAUGCCUUCUGCUCGCACUGUUCACCUACCAAGUUCACAACAAAAGAAUUACUGCUGAACUGUACUGGACCCAACCCUGUAGUCAAGGUGGUGAUGAUUGUGGAGGAAUGCCAGUGUAAGAUCAAGCAAGGUCAUGACAAAGAACAUCUCCAUUCUGACACUUUUGCAGAGACACACAGACAGAAUUAAUCUGCUGAAAACCUAGUUUGCAGAUUUGGGGCCAACACUCUUCCCAGAAGCCAAGAACGUAACAACAGUAAACAAAUUGGUCUUUAAUGGCAGACUGCCUGUAACAAUGGGGAGAAACUCAAUUAUAUUUGCCCUUUGUGAGUUGACUGAGUAUUUUCAAGGAGACAAGGAACCCCUUUGGCUGGUCUCUAGUCCAGGGACCCUCUUCCCAUAGUAAGUUCUCAAUGUCUCCCUUUGAAGAGACUCAGAUGGGCUUCAUAUCUCAAAUGAUGUGAUCUUUAAUGAUAUGCAGCCCAUAUAUAGUUCCUUUUGUGCUGAAAGUUAUUAUAUAUAUAAAUAUAUAUUUUGUAUCUUCCUAUCUGUUUAAGUUCUUAAACUGGGUCCUCAGACCAUAAAUUUCAAAGGGAAUGUGAACUUCGAUAGAGAAAAUGAGUUUAUUUUCACUAACUUUUGACUUCCUUUGUAAUCCUCGAUGUUUUAAUUAUUUGUUAAAGAAUAUGAUUCCAAAGUCUAAAUCAUUAGACUUUGUCAGACUGCCAAAAGGGUCUGUGACAAAAGAAGGUUGAGAACCCUUGGUUUGCAUGAUGUUCCUGCUAAUAUAUUGUAAGCUCUUUGAGAGCUAAGACUAUGUGUUGUUUUUUAAUCUUUGUAUCUCUGAUGCCUUGAACAUUGCCUAUUAUACAGUAGACAUUUAAUAAAUUCUUUUAAAUGUAAUUAAAUUUCAAAAUAACUCUUCAGAGUUUGUAGAUGAAAAAAGAUCUACCACCAGUAGCAACCAAAUGUGCAUAGGUAAAUAAAGAUGAAAUGAAAGUAAGUUUUUGUUUUCAUUAGU